AUGGCUUCUUACGCUGAUCCACCGGUCCAAGACCGCUGGGACUCGCACGAUUUCGAUGGCGACCCUGAUCGCUAUCUAUGCCUUUACAGCAUGUCAGACGAAUUUGACUUAGAUGCUUGGGCGACUCCUGAUCCUCGGGUCACGACUAUGGUCGACAUGGGAGACGCCUUUGCUUCGGAGAUGGAACUGCACCGUUCCACCCUAAACCCAGUCAAAUUCGAGAAAACGGAGUCCCCUUUUGAUGGAGGCAGCUCCGACGAUGGAGGAUUUCCACUACCACGUUUGUUGACGUUCAGAGAACGCCGACGCCUACCUGUGCAGUUGUUACUUCGCAAGUCCCGCCAUGCACCUAUUGCUUGUGGUAAAUGCCGCGAAGACAUGAUUGCUUCUUGUUCCCUCUCCUCCCGGGAUAAAUUGGCGAGCGUCCGGCUUUCGGACCUUGCAACUAUGGAGGACAUUUGCGUCCUAGAUUUCGUUACCCCAGUCCCCGUGUCCCCAGACGACGGCCAAACGGCACAUCUGGACAUUCCGGAUACAUGCCGACAGGUCUCCUUUGGGAAACUCAACGGCGUGAUGCAGUUGUUGUUGGCCAAGGACCUGACUCAGCAAAUCGCCGAGUCAACCACCCUUUACCAAUACGACCCUUACUACCAGCAACCUUCAACUCCUGAAACGGAGUUCUACGACCUGUCUGCUGCAACGAAUAUCGUUGGCAGACUUCCAAGCGAGAACACUACACACCACCCCGGGUUCCCCCCUUCAGUCGCAGUUAUGGCGGUCACUACCACAGGCUGGCCCUACGGGGCCCAGCCGGUACGUGCUGCACCCGAUGCCAUGAACGACAGCAUGUAUCAAAACUCGCCUUUCUCCGAGCUCUUUGAGCUUUCGGACGAGGGCGACGAUUGGGCAAUGCUCAUGCAGCAGGACAUGCUCGCUACGGGCGACUACGACAUGACCACCUUCGACCCUUCCACCAUGGAACCAACUUACCAAACCACCCACUCUCCUCAGGAAAUCUUCAACGACCCCGCCGUCCAGUUCGAUGUCGCGCAGAGCCUAGGCCCCAACUUCUUUGACUUUAACAGCCCUCUGCCCGACCUCUCUACCUCUGGCUACCUCUCUGGCGACCAGGUUUCCUCCUAUUUGGGCAGCACGAACACCUCCCCCUUCGAGCCUGUCCUCGACUUCUUCCCCGAAACCGACUCAUUCUCCAUGUUCCCGGCAAGCACCGACGGCUCGCCCCUCGACACAACUUUCUCCUCCCCCGGAUCAGACAGCGCAAGCGCCCCUUCCAGCUCCUCCCACCCAUACAGCUGCACCACCGACGGCUGCACAAAGACCUUUGCAAAGGAGGCUCAGCUGAAGCAGCACCAGCGCGUCCAUCGCAAGGCCCUCGUCUGCACCAUCUGCCGCGCCGAGCACCGCCACGAGCACAAGUUCGCUCAAGUGCGAGACCUAGAGCGGCACAUGCAGGCGCGCCACAAGGACGUUGCCGAGAAGAACAACGUGCGCUCCGAGAUCCGCCAGUGCCCGCACCAGGGGUGCGAACACCAGGGGAGGCGGGACAAUGUGUCGAGGCACCACAAGAGUAAGCACGGUAAGGAACUCAAGUGGAAGAGGGGUGUCCCUCACGUGGUGGGUUGA